AUGGCCCGAUGUUGUUGUGCUCACACGUUUCUGGACAUGCAACUAUGCCAAGCCCGAUCUUGGUUCUCGGCGGAGCCUUCUCCAACUACAGGUUCCUUUUGCAAUCCUGAACUUACAAAAGGCUCAUCUACCACAAAUUGUUCUAGUAGGAACACCUUUGAUGAAAGAAAAUCCAGCGGCUUUGAGUUUAAACUUCAAAGUGGAUUUAAUUCAGUUUCAGGGUUGUCUUCGGCAGGACCUGCGGUAAUGCUCUUGAAGUUGUUUUUAUGGACAUGCUGGAAAUCAUAA